AUGAGUCAUAUGAUUCGUAGUAUUUCAGGAGUUAGAGGUGUAGUUGGAGCCGAUCAAUCAUGGACUCCAACAUUGGUUGCAAAUCAUAUCAUAGCAUUCACUCAAUUAUUAGAAUCAAGUCAUUAUAAUCAAAAUCAAAAAAAAAUUGUAGUUGGACGUGAUUCAAGAGUUUCAGGACCUUGGUUUGAAAUGAUUACAAAUGGUUCAUUAAUUUCAAGAGGUUAUCAAGUUAUUCAUAUUGAUAUUGCUUCAACUCCAACUGUGCAAUAUAUGGUUGAAAAAACAAAAUCAUCAGGUGGUAUUGUUAUAACUAGUAGUCAUAAUCCAAUUGAAUGGAAUGGGUUGAAAUUUAUUGGACCAGAUGGAUUAUUUAUAGCACCAAAAGAAUGUGAAAUUUUAUUUUCAAUGGCAGAUAAACCAGAGGAAUUUAAAUUUAGUGGAUAUGAUCAGCUGGGUAAAAUAGAGAAAUGUGUAGAUGCAAAUCAACAACAUGUUGGUGCAAUUCUUUCAUUAGCAUUCUUGGAUAUUUCAAAGAUUAGAGAGAGAAGAUUUAAGGUUUGUUUAGAUUCUGUCAAUGGUGCAGGUGGUCCAAUAAUGUCAUACUUGUUAACUCAAUUAAAUUGUGAAGUGAUUGGCAUCAAUUUAGAAACCACUGGUUUAUUCGCCCACACACCAGAACCUGUGCCAUCCAAUUUGGGCCAACUCUGUGAAAUGGUUGUAAAGUAUAAAGCUGAUUUUGGCAUUGCCGUAGACCCCGACGUCGACCGUUGCGUAUUCAUCGACGAGCACGGCAAGCCGUUGGGCGAGGAGUACACCCUCGCCAUGGCUGUCGAGUUGGUAUUGGGCGACUGUGGUCGUAGGGGCAACGUUUGUAAGAACCUUUCCUCCUCUCGUGCAAUCGAUGAUAUUUGUAAGAAAUAUGAAAGUCAAGUAAUUUGUGCACCAGUUGGUGAGAUUCAAGUAGCUAAAAAGAUGCAGCAAGUGAAUGCUGUUAUCGGUGGUGAAGGCAAUGGUGGUGUAAUGCUACCAGAUAUUCACAUUGGUAGAGAUGCACCUGUCGCCGCAACAUUAGCAUUACAAUUGAUGGCAAAUCGUUAUUCUCAAGCACCAAGUAUUAGUAAAUUAAAAGAAACCUUACCAACUUAUGAAAUUGUUAAAUUAAAAGCAGGCAUUGAAGGUUUAGAUCCAGAUUCAAUCUUGGCUGAAUACACCUCUCAAUUCAUCAAUAAACCAGGUGUUGUCAUCAAUCAAGAGGAUGGUCUUAAAAUUGAUUCUCAAGAUUGGUGGGUUCAUUUACGUAAAUCAAAUACUGAACAUAUCAUUCGUGUAAUUGCUGAAGCAAAAUCCGUUAAAGAAGCAACUGAUAUUGCAACAAAAUUCAUUCAAGAAAUUGAAUCAAAACGUAAAUAA